UUUUCUUCCUCCGAAAAAUUGAAAGCUUUGGUGGUUCGAUCGAGGCUAGCAAGAAGAAGGGCUACGCGUGGGCAGUUUCAGCUGGACUCUGUGCUGCUUCCGCCGCCGUUUCGGCGAAGCUAUCAGUUCUCAGGUGGACGAGUUGUGUUUCCUUAUUAUUUGGGAAGAGCCGAGUUGUGUUUCUAUUGUGAGAGUAAUUGCGAACGAGUCGUGAGUAGGGAAAACUCGGCCGAGUUGUGUUUCUAUUGUGAGACUAAUUGCGAACGAGUCGUGGAAACGAAAACGACAUCGUUCCGUACACGGUUAAAUCUUCUCGACCUAGUUUUCUUCCUCCGAAAAAUUGAAAGCUUUGGUGGUUCGAUGGAGGCUAGCAAGAAGGGCUACGCGUGGGCAGUUUCAGCCGGACUCUGUGCCGCUUCCGCCGCCGUUUCGGCGAAGAUCAUCGGUCCUCAGAUUGUAAAGUACGGUUUCGUGGUAUUAUUCAUCGUGGCAAUGUGGGGUUGUUUUGUGCAAAGCUUAAAAGGUAUCUCGGCUCUGCAAGCUACAGCGACGAACUUUGCUACCAACUUCCUCAUUUCUGGUCUGGCUGGAUACUUUUGGUUUCAAGAACCCUUAUCCGAGAAGUGGUUUGCAGGCGCCCUGCUCAUUGUAGUUGCUGCACUCAUACUUAGUAAGUUAAGUAUUUUGAUGAAGGCUCGUACUGACUGACUUUUCUGCAUUUCACAUUACCCGUCUGUUUGAGAUAUCAGAUAACUUGAGAUUUUGUGAGGAUGGACAUGUACCUAAACAGUUAAAAUAUUUGAGUUUUGUUUGUGGAA